ACACCACAAACACCACGACACCGCGAUGCCCUUGCAUCAAAGAUCACAAUCACCCCAAGACAUCGCCAUCUCAUUACUAGCAGUCCCGACACUCCUCGCAGUCCAUACUCUCCCUGCAGUGCUGCCAACAAUGUAUACAACCAAGCUCGCCAAAUCUUCUCAAGAUGUACGGAUCCUGGUGUAUUGGUUGGAAGAGAGGAAGAGAAGGAACAACUGUCCACAUUCAUAUCAGAACGCCUUGCCUCGAGCGAAGGUGGAUGUCUGUACAUCUCAGGGCCGCCAGGGACCGGAAAGAGUGCUUUUGUUGGCCAAGUUUGUCAAGGUCUUGCUUCAGACUCGGAUCGUGAAAUGUCCAUGUCGACUGUUAAUUGUAUGAGUAUCAAAACUGCCAAAGACCUCGCCAACACUUUGUCCAAGGAUCUGCAUCUCAACAGCCUUUCUGGACGCGCUGCCGACUUCGACUUUUUGCGCGCAAACUUCUUCGAGCAAGAAAGGAAGUACAUCGUCAUCCUGGACGAAAUUGAUCGCCUUGUUGAUCUUGACCUCAAACUGCUGUACAGCCUUUUCGAAUGGUCUAUGGAGCCUUCUUCGAGUCUUAUUCUUAUUGGCAUUGCUAAUGCUCUUGAUUUGACUGACCGUUUCCUGCCUCGCCUCAAGUCACGUAAUCUCAAGCCGGAUCUGCUGCCGUUCAUGCCAUACACUGCACCUCAAAUCGCCAAUAUUAUCACAUCAAAACUCAAGGGAUUGGAUGCUUCAAUGACAGACCCCAAUUUCAUUCCAUUCUUACACCCUGCAGCAAUCCAGUUCUGCUCCAAGAAGGUCGCGUCUCAAACUGGUGACCUCAGAAAAGCCUUUGAUAUCUGCAAAAGAGCUGUCGACAUGAUCGAGUCGGAGACCAAGGUUGAGCAGGCACGCAUUCGUCUACAAGACAGCCCGUCUAAGACGCCACUCAAGGAGAACCUAAACCUGGCUUCUCCUGCCACUACUCUUUUCCCUUCGAUCGGCCAUUUGACUCUCGAGACCGCGCCGAGAGCGACAAUCGCCCACGUCGCCAAAGUCACAGCCGCUGUAUUCAGCAAUGGAGCAUCUCAACGCCUAGCAUCUCUCAAUCUGCAGCAGAAGGCUGUGCUCUGUGCACUAUCAGCACUCGAGAAGAAGAAACGCGAGGCGCCUAGCGUGGUCACUUUCCCAAUGACGCCUUCAAAGCAUGCCAACACUGCACCCACCAUCAAGCAGCUGUAUGAAGCCUAUUGCACAUUAUGCAGCCGCGAGAAUCUUCUGCAGGCUCUGACCAGCAUCGAGUUCAGAGAUGUGGUCAGUGGUCUGGAGACACUAUCACUUGUCUCUGCUGUUGAAGCUAAGGGCGCUUCUUCCUUCUCAAUGCCGUUGACACCUUCCCGCACACCCAGCAGAAAGUCCAAAUCGGGAUUCACCGGUGCAGCAAUGGGCGAUGAUAGAAGAAUGGCUGCUUGUGUUGGUCAUGCCGAAUUGAUCUCUGCUCUCAAAGGACCUGGCAGUGACAUUCUCAAGGAGAUGAUCGAAGGUGAUGGCAUCGUGGCAUGA